AUGGACACAAUUUUAUUGUCUAUAACGUUGGCUGUUUCAGUCACUGGAAUUUAUUUGAAUUUAGUGUUUCUUCGCGUCACUCAUAGAAGUAGUGUUUAUGCUCGAUUUUUGAGUAGAAAUAUUCGAUUUUUAUCAAUUUCUCAUAUUAUUUUGGCACUUUCCAAUAUGGUUUUUGGAGGUUGGUUUUCAUUUCUGAUUUUGAUCGGUCAAAUAAGUUCCGCCAAGUCUCAUUUCAAAGUUCACCUGCUUCCCAGGAAUCUCUAACAGAAAUAAAGAAAUAAAGUACAUUGUCUAGAAAUGUUCAAAAAACAAAGAAUUGUAAAAAAAAUCUGAAAUUUCUCAAGGGAGAUUUAUAGCCAAAAAAAACAAACAAAAACAAUUUUCGAUUGUCUGGGAUAACAAAACAAUUCUGAAAUUUUCCAGUGUAUUUUUAUACAACUGCAAUUUGUCGAAACAGGAAAACUGAAAUGUUUUUAUCAACAAUUAUGCUAAUAACACACGCGGUUCCAUUUUCUACAGUAAUUUGGGUUACUGUGGAACGUGUGAUUUAUAAUCAAUCUGUGAAAAUUAGGACGUGUACAACUUACAAGCCAAUUGCGAUAUUUAGAGUUGGUUUUUAAGAUUUUAAGGUAUAUGAAAUCAAAGAAAACUUGUAGGCUUUGGUGAUUGCUAUUUCAAUUUUUUAUGAAAUAUGUUUGAAACGAAUUUAUGAUGUUCUCGAAAUUCCGGAUGAUGACAAUAAUCAAAAUUUUGAGAAAGGCACAAUUCUUUCGAACUUUUAUCUCGAUUAUUUUUAUGGAGCAACUUAUAUUAUAUCGAUUUUUGUUUGUCCAAUUAUUUUUCAAAAUUCUCGCGUUCUAUUAAAAGGGGCUGUUAUGAUGACUGGUGUUCCUAGCGAUCAACGAGUGAGUAAACAAUAAAACGGCAAUUGUGAACGAGUUCUCAUGUGUGGGGGUAUAGCUCAGUGGUAGAGCGCUCCCUUAGCAUGGGAGAGGGCUGGGGUUCAAUUCCCCAUACCUCCAAGAAUUUUUUUUUUCAUCAAACAAUAUUUUGUAGGCAAAUCAAUUGAAAGGACAAAUAAAGUUCUUCUCACAAUCCUAUCUGCCAUUGUAUUUUGCCUGUUUUUUUGGAUUUUUCAUGCAAUUUUGUGCCAAACGAAUUCUAGAAUUUGAAAAUAUGGACCUUGUUUUCAUCACCUCAUGCACUUAUUUACCUCUAGUUUAUCCUAUUUCUUUGGUGCUACUUCAUGCAGAUCUAAGAGGUGUUUCAAAACUGAAAAUAGAAGAUUUCAAAGUUUUUUUGUUACAGAAGAUUUUCUUGCAAAUUAUUGUUUAUGUCGAAAAGUUCGAAAAAUCCACAAGGAAAGUAAAGUCAAAGUAAUAGCUACAAAGUGAGUUUUCUAGAACCAAAUACUGUAUCAAAUCAAUGUUAUGAUUUCAGAGAAUCUCAAGAUUCAAUUAUCGCAAAUCUGAAAAUGAUUGGAAUACUUUCGGAUAUCGAUGCAGUUGGAGCUAACAAGACUAUUGGAAAUAAUCAAAAUAAUGUGACAAAUGUGAAAACAUCACGAAGAGCAAGUAGUAUAACAGCUCCAUCUCGAACAUCAAUUGCAAGAGAAGCAUCUUCUGUUGGAAGUGUUACAAGUGUAAAUCCAAAAAGGCAUAGUAGUAAUGGAGGAGAUAUGAUAUUCCAAACUAGAAAUCAUAUCAAAAAACCAUCGCUUGUUCAACAAUAA